GAGGCGUGUUUUGUGUAUUGCAUAGCAAAAGACUUUGCUCUUCUGGAUUUCGCGGGAUACUUCUUCAGAAUUCGGACCUUUCCCUUUCAAUUAAGGGAAUUUAAGGGAACAAUUCAGCACUUUUUGCAGAUCAACGUGCUUUCCGUCUUCAAAUUCAUCCAUCCGUCUGUCCGUCCGUCCGUCUAUCCAUCCACUAUCUAGUCAUCAUGGGUAGAUUACCAGUCGGUGAGCCUACUGCCCACAUGUCCGCCACCCAGGGGCCGGACGCUAACCUCAUGAAGUUCUACUCCACCUCCUACGCCACCUCGUUUGGCGUCAAGCACGAGCCGUUCGUGCCUCGAACGACGAAGCACGUCGGGACUGGUUAUCAGUCGAACUUCAGACCGGGUGUUUACUAUAGUCAGCGUCUUGACGAGGUCGAUAACCCUGCCAUGGGGAGAAUCGUCAGUGACAACUAUAACUCGAUCACAACGAAGCAUUACAAGCCAUCGAUACGAUCGGACGGCAAAGAUCGAUUCCCCGAGAAUCUGAACCAGGUCAAGAGUGGUUUCACUGAACAGAACCCUAUUAACUUCCCAACUGUUGGUCAAGUCAGGAAAGUAUUUGUCAACACACGUGACCACGGACUUGGCCUCAAGAUAAACGGCGUCCUACCCAAACAUCGCCCUCUGUUGUACAAGCUGCAAGCAAAGGACCCAGUCUCCUUGGAGAACGCAGGGCAUGGACCAAACUUCAUGAGUACAGAGGCCAAGACGAGAUUCUCAGGCAGGCCAUCAGAAAGAAAGGACUGUUCUACAUUGACUGUCGGUCCUAAAGAAGGGUCUGGUUACACUCAUGCUUACAAUGUAGAGCCCAUCUCAUUCCAUCCUGGAUCACCCUUCAAAAACACCACACCUGGAACAUGGACCAACAGACCAACAGGAAACAGCAUUAUGAAGACCGAUUUCUUACCAUCACAACAACCAUCGGGAGACGAGAGACUGCCAGCCAUCACAAACCGUUCCGAUCACGAGACCGGCUUCACCCACGAGAAGGCCAAGCCCCUCUACGUCCAUCGCGUCAUGACGGACGCUUACACCAAACGGGACCAGGUCCCAGGCCGUGUCGAGGACCGGAUCAGGAAGGAGGACCCUGCCGAGUACCUCAACAUGACCAACCCCGACAACCACUCGAGCAUCUUUAAGAAGUCGUACGAGGGCCAGCAGAGACCGUCCCCGAGCGCCAACGAGAUGCAAGGCAGGCUCUUCGUCGGGAACAAGGAGAUGUCGGGAUACAGUGAUAACAAUGACAAGCCGCAAGCUCAGAUCCCUGUUGAGCCGUACAGAUGGAUUUCACAUUACGACACCAAGUUCUACGACAUGAACACCAAGGGCAGAGCGAGGGCUGGAAGGACGUUCGGAGCCGUGAUGAAACAGCUACCCGACGGUUACACCAAGAGCACCUCUGUCCACUCCUAUGGCCCCACCCUGGAUACCACCCACGAGCUAAGGAGCCUUCAUCCAUACGUUGCAAGGAGCAUCAAGGCUCGAGACGUCUUCUUUGAUGACCACACCCAUGACGCCAAGAAACAUGUGACCAUCAACCCUAUCCCACAAUUCCUUGCAGCUUCCUGUUAGUUCACGCUGUCAUCUGUGGACAGAAGAUGCCAA